GAUCGACUCAUACGCUAUCAGAUGGUUUAACUUGGCAUCUGACCGGGGAGGUGGCCGCAAAGACCGUGCCAAGGCUAAAGAGGCAUUAACCAUGGCAUCACAACAUUCCGCCGAGCAGCAGUGGCUGACUUCAUAAAGCUGAUAGGGAACAGAGCCGGCUGAGGAAAGAAUUGGACCAUGUGACUGAAGAAAGGGACAUAUUUAUAAAAAAGUCAACUUACAGCGAUAACACGGUAUUGCAGCAGCAGCUGAAGAUGGACCAACAGAAACAUGCAGAGGAGACGCUAAAACAAGAGCUCAAAGACUGUGAAAUAAAAUUCAACCAGUACCAGGCAGAGCUUGAUCACAUGAAUUUUGAGUUAUCGUUCAGUAGACAUAAUGAGCUGACACUUAUGAGGAAGGUCGCAAGUUUGCAGUUAAAGAAUUUAUAGUGAGAAAAGUCCAUUGAACUAAGUCUAUUUACACUUUCAUUAUUCUUGGCUGAAAUCAUUUCAUGCUAUCAUUGUUGCUACUACAACUACUUGGCCUGAGCCAAUGAUGUUAAUCUGGAGGCCAUGUUUCAGCAGAUGUCAUCAUGUCAUCAUGUCUGGCCUCUUUUUACAUCAUAACAGAAACUUUUGAAAAUUUAAGAAUGUUCUAGAACGAUGCGAUGACAUAAUCAUGAAUCAAGGUGUUUUGCCUUUUUUUUUUUUUUUUUUGGACUAUGAUGUCAUCAUAGAUCAAAGUUGCCUUUGAUGUUGAAAGGAACCUUUAUAUAUCACUAUGAUGUCAUAGUCAUACUAAUCCAUGUAUAUGAUAUUAUAUUAAUAAUAACAAGUUAAUAAUAAUAAAUAUAUAUGACAUCAUCAUAAUUAUGGAUCAAAGAUGAAAGCCUCUUGGCAGAUCAAAGUCGUUUUGAUGUGAAAUAAGAGACUGUGUUUAGACCUUAAUUUCAUUUUGAAACUCUAUAAAAUAAUUCUAAAAUUAUAGAAUAACUCAAGCAACAGUUAGAUAGACAAAGAAACCUGAGAAAUCAGUCAUGGACAAAAAAACAGUGCAGAAAAGACUGACUGCAAAACUCAUUGCAGUUGAGAGGUCUUUGAAAAAAGAGAAAGCUAAAGAAGAGCAGGCCAAAAAUGAUGAACUGGCCCAGAAGAAAGAGGGUGACACUUUGUUUAGGGUGCAGGUUCUUCUAAAAGAAAAAAAUAAGUUUAAAAAACAGGUUGAAGGGUUGGCUCACUGCGUAAAAGAGCUCGAGGGGCAGAAGAGGGCUGCAGAUAAAAUAAUUAAUGAACAGAGAGAGCUGUUAAAAAAGAUUGACAAAGAAAACAAACAGUUACACGAUGACAAUGCUUCAUUAAAAGAACAAGUAACACACGGCAUCAACGUUGAAAAACUAAUGCACCGUGAGAAAGAAGCAUUUCAGAAUGAACUAAAAAAAAGAGAGAAGUCGUUGGAAAACGUUAGAAGAUACAAAAAGAAAAUUGAUGAUGGUAAGCUAGAAAUACAUAAAAGAGACAAACAAAUUAAAGUAAUAACAUAUGAGAAAGAAAAACUUUUUCAGAAAAAUGUGGAACUCCAAGAAAGGAUAUGCUGUCUAGAGGAUGACAAAUCUUCCUUAGCAGCGAAAAUAGUACAGCUAGAGGAAAAGGUAGAAAAACAGUACAACAGCAUUGAAUAUGUCAAAAUGAAGCUGAACAAGGUCAACAAUAAAAAAACUCAACUUGAAGAUAAGUGCGACAAAGACACUCGGAUCAUAAAGAACAGAGAAGACGAGGUGACCAAUAGUAGACUUUUGGUUCAUGAGUCAGAGAAGAAGAUGAGGCAGCAAAAAGUGCAGACCGAAGCUGCCGUGGGUGAGAUCAUGCUGCUACAGAAAAACUUGGACAAGGUUAAUUUGGAAAUAGAAGACAAGAACAAAACAAUUAAAAAGCUAACUGAUGGAAUCAGAAACCGGGGUACUGAGCUUAACAGGAAGAACCAAGAGCUGGAAACUGUUCAGAGAAGUGAAAAAUGUUUGCAGAACAGGGUGAUAGUCAUGGAGAAGCAACUGACAGAAAUAAAGCAAACACAUGAAGAAUUAGUAGUUUCAGCUGAUAGGGAACAGAGCCGGCUGAGGAAAGAAUUGGACCAUGUGACUGAAGAAAGGGACAUAUUUAUAAAAAAGUCAACUUACAGCGAUAACACGGUAUUGCAGCAGCAGCUGAAGAUGGACCAACAGAAACAUGCAGAGGAGACGCUAAAACAAGAGCUCAAAGACUGCGAAAUAAAAUUCAACCAGUACCAGGCAGAGCUUGAUCACAUGAAUCUUGAGUUAUCGAUCAGUAGACAUAAUGAGCUGACACUUAUGAGGAAGGUCGCAAGUUUGCAGUUAAAGAAUCCGCAAGACAAUAAUGUUAGUGACAUUAUGCGCCUUCAGCGGCUCCAUGACUACAACUCCCAGUUGAUGAAGAAUCUUGAGCGCAUGUCGGCUAAGUUGGCAGAAAAAGACCAGGAGAUUGCCAAUUUGAAGAGCAUGUUGGCUCGGCGGCCAGAUGAUGCAACCCGGAAGUUCCAAGAGAGUCAGAGGGCGAUCAGAGAGCUUAAAGAUAAGUUAAAGGCAUCGACGGCAGAAGCCUGGGUAUUCAUGGAUAAGUACUCUAGUGUGACAGAGGCGAACGGCAGGCUGAAAGGUGAGUUAAAGGAAUUGUAUAUGAGAGACAAAUCAAGUAACAAACCUUUGCCUCCCAUUUCCAAAAAGUCCCAGCUCCACUCUGAGAAGAAGCCAGAGGAUGGAUCGAAGAUCACCCCCCAUCCUCCCAUUAAGGUCUACGGAACACAAGUGAGGCCACAACCACCACCACCCCAUCACUCCAUGGGGGUGCUGAGACAGAAUUCAUCAUCAUCCACAAGAUCCAUACCGUCAGUGCUCUCCCCCUGUGGGGUGAUGUUAGAUGCAGAGGAAGAGCUAGAACCUGCUGCAGGACAUGACUUAAAUAAAUAGGCAGCUGAAGUGCCAAAGAGCUGCAGCACCUUAUCUGGCAGUUUGUGCUCAUAGCAUGCAUCUCCAGCCAGACUAAAACCAUAUCUACUGUACAGAACAGAGCUAAGGGUCUGAAGGGACAUACGUUUUUGUUUUUCAUGGAUCCAGCAAAAGAAGUGGCACGAGGAAGUGGAAGUGACAGCAGGCAGUGGGAGAGGUCAUAUGGGUGGGGAUAUGUUUGGGAUUCAGUUAAAUUUUAAGUUUUGUUGUUUGUUUUUUUUGUUUGUUUUUUUUGAGGGGGUAGGGGUCAGGGUUAGUUUGGUUGUGAAUAAUGUUGGUAUUGUUGUUGCUAUUAAGUUUGUUAGUUAAUUGUUUAUUCCUGCCAACCCGGUUGAGGUCAUUAUGCUGUUUGACUUUUCUCUAGUGAUCUUUGUAUUUUGAAUUUGAAUUUUAAGAUUAAAUUAAAUUGUAAAUAAAUAACAAUGUUUUAUGCUACA